CGACACUCAGAGGAGCUGGGGAAGUGAAAUAGAAGUGAAAGAGGAGCUGGAGGAUCAACAGGCAGCUCAGCAAUGCACGUCUCUCUAUGCCACAAAGUUAAAGUGCGUGAAGAAUGGGGCUGACUUUUCUUCUUUUUCAAUCAAGUCGACUCACUGUCAUGUGGAUGUUCUUCAGGCAGUCUCUGGUGGGGAUAUGCUAAACAUGGCAGGUCUCCAAGCACAGAGCCAAGUGGAGCUAGGUAAAGAGGAUUAUCAAAAUCCAAAAAUGAAGAAACUUUCUGCCUGAUAGACGGGAAACUACAGCAAUCAUGAAUCCAGAAUCUUUGGACCUGUCUAUCCAGAGUGCCUUGUCGGCACUCUUCCCACCUUUUGAGGUCACAGCACCCAUCGUCCUCUGCCAGCUAUUUCGUACCAUCGAUGAACGUUACCACGGCGAUGCUCUGCAGUGCCUGCUGGACUUCCUUAUUCCCUCCAAACACCUGCUGGAGUCUGUCCAGCAGGCUGCAUGUGCUGGAUACUCUGACGUAGUUUUCCGCUGUGAGGGUUGGCCUCUUUGUCUGCAUGACAAAACCGUCAUCCAGUUAGCGUCUGUGAACCCUUUGCUGUUGCGUCCUGGAGACUUCUAUCUUCAGGUGGAACCCUUUGGUGACCAAGCAGCCCGGAUUGUCCUCAAGAGCCUUCUGGAGGAGGGAUGUCGAGAGGUUGAGGAGACACCGAUCCCUGAGACUUCCUACUCCUGCCUCUUCACUGAGGAGUGGCUGCAGGAUAUCAAUGAAGGACGCCACGGGACUCCUCUGUCUCGCUGUUUACUUUGCACAGAUCAAGGUGUGAUCAAGUUACCGUGGUCUGAAAUUUCUAUUCCAGAGUUUUUAGACAAGCCUAAGACUGUCCCCGCCUGUGGUGAAGCAGCAGCGCAGACCAUGAAGGCCUCAGCUUCCUCCCACUACAAUUCAUCAACCCUUCCAGUGGAGGCAGUGAGGUUGCCACAAGAAGACAGGAUGUCAGCAUCUCUAAGACCAUUGCACGCUUCCUCAAAACUCAUUAAAAUGGAAAGGCGACCCCCCAGAUCAGGGUCCAAACCAAUGAACAAACCUGUGGGCUGGGUUUCUCCUAACAACUGGGAGAGUAUGACCUAUCAAGAAAUGGAGGGGGAUUAUGUUGACUUGGUGGACAUUGCUAAAGGGAAGGAAUUUGUGGAUAAACAAAUUCAACCUAUUUCAGUGUUGUCCAAACCUGUGAGACAGCCGCCACCCAUCCCACUUGGAAACAGUGGACAAACCCUGCAGUAUGCAGAUGAGCCCUGUAUGCCAGGCAGCCAAAGACAACUGGAUCAGGAUCUUAUUGACCUGGAUUUGAAAUGCAGAUACAGAGACUCUUAUGUAGCAGCGCUAAAAAACCCUGUGCCUUUUGAAAGGGGAGGUGUGGACCUCCUAGGUGCCUUGGAGGAGGUUGGACUGUUUGAGGAUGAUAAUGUAAGACUUGAAGGGGCAUUUGAAGGUCAAAAAGACCAACUAUGUAACUUAUCCAACCACUGCCAAGAACCUGCGAUGGACAGUGAAUCCUGUGAAAGCACGGGAUGUCACCGUCCUUUGAGCUGUGAAUCAGAAAACACGAUGAAGGAAUCAGCUUUGAUUUUAAAACCCUUCUCUGGACUGAGCCCCAGUGACAGUAAACUAAUUUCUCACCAGUUGGGACACGCUUCUUUUAAGCAUCCAGGAUCAGUUGUGUCCUUGGCGACAUCUGACGGAGGUUUGAAGACACGCCAAAAAGAGGAGGGCGUAAAACCAUCGGGAAAACACAAAGUCAAAGUGAGAUCUAUGUCUGCUUUGUCAGACACCCCCACAGGGAGUCCUAUUCUGUACAAAAUCAACAACAGGAGCCACAGUGAUGUUUGUCCUGAAACAGUAACCAGCAUAAUGCAGCGUCAAAAUAGUUCAGCAGAAUAUCAAGAGGCUUCAAAUGUGGAAAGACUGAAGUGCUUGAAAAAAGAUUCAAAUUCGAGCACAUCCAGCAUGAAUGGAUUGGGCUCCAAACCUUUCAGCAUUAAGGUGGAAAAACAACCUUCUGGAACGGGAUCUGGAUGUCAGCAGGGCUCACAAACAGAACAAUCCUGCUUGAGGAAGAUCAGGAGUCUGCUGGAAUUGGGCAUUAUUUGUUUACCAGGCAGCAGGGACAGGAAUGGCAGGGCCGUGGUCGAGGUCCAUGGUGACAGGAAGGAGUGGACGUCCCCUCUUGUGUCAGCUGAAAGCAUUUGUGAAUUGCUGCUGUACUUACACUCCAUACCGAGAAAGGACGUCCGAGAGCUGGGAAUGACUCUGGUGAUUAAUGGCAGGAAGAAGCCGCCUCCGCUUCACCUCUACAAGGCUCUACUGAUGGCACAGGAGCAAGCUCUCCACGCUGUUCACAGCAUCAUCAUGUUGAUGGAUAAGGACAGCAGUCCUCGGCCGGAGAAGCAGCCGGGUCUGCAGAUGGAUGUUGUUACUUCGAUGAGAGCCCUAAGCAAAACAGUGGAAGCUCCCCAGCUGACCUCUGACCUUGGAGGGACGUUUGCCUACAAUCACAAGGACUGGAUGCAGUUCCAUCAGAAGCAUGUACCUUUCAUGGCAAACCUGCGAGGGGCCAACAGCUUGUUGCAAAAGGCCAUCAAGAGAGUGGACAGAAGGAAACCAAUGGACUCUGCUGAGGAAGUUCAAGAGAGCAUACAGGAGCAAAGAGUUCUAAUGAAGGAGGUUCUGGAAGACGACAGACUGGUGACUCUGCAAAAGGAAGGAGGGACGUUACUAGCGAGGAUGAAGAAAGAGGAAUUCAGAUUUCUGCAGUCUGAGGACUAUAGAGAUGCUUUGGAGUUGGCAACAAGUCUUUACAACCAAGUGGAGGAGAAGCUCCACAUGUUGGUGAUGAAAUCAAAUGAGUCGCUGCAACACCUGGAGAACCUGCUCAGGCACAGAGACAUGGAGGCUAAAAUCAUCUCGGAGGGCUUGUGGUUCAGUACAGAGGGGGAGCAGAUUCUGAAAAACUCUUACUCAACAGAUGACACACUGCUGGGCAGGGAAAAUUCCUUGGAAGACUUUAAUCUGUUUCUCACUAAAUCCAAGGAUAAACAACAGUAUGCCUUGAUACUCAUCAAGGAGGCGGAGGAGAUCAUUGGCACCAUUAACUCAAGUCCUGCUGCUGAGAUUUUUCGGACUCUGGUCGGCACUUUUAAAUCGAACGUAGAAGACUUCGUGUUGCGAGCAGAACAAAGACACAAAGAUUUAAUGUCAGUCGUGCAUUUGUACAGAUUUUGUAAGCAGGCAACAGACUGGGCUAAAGAAUGCCAUAGCCUUUUGGAACAAGUAGAAGAAGGACGUUGCUCAUCUCAGACCCUAAACACACUUCAAAUGCAAAAAGAGAGAUUAGCUGGUGAAUUUUCCGCCCCACACUUCCAGGCUCUGAGGGCUAAGGCCUCUGCCAUGGGAGCAGAGGCCUCAGGGAUGCUGAGAACAUGGAAUGCAGCCUGGGUCCAGAGCCAGGAAGUCAAGCAGCGUCUUGAAGAGAUGCAGGAGAAGCACAAAGGCGUAGAAAAGAACCCGACCCAGCAGACCACAGCUGCAAACCCUCUGGGGGAGCACGAAGAAAAGGAGAGGGAGGGGAAAAGGAAUGAGCCGGGAGAGGCUCGGAACGCACGGAUCCCGCAGCAGAGCUCUCAUGUGGAAGUCGUUAGCACUGCAAAAUGUCGAGGAGAAACCAUCUCUGCGACAUUCUCAAAGCACAACUGUGAAUCUGACCUGAGCAUUAAGAAAGAUUUACUUGAAGCACAAUGCAAAAACUCAAAGAACACUUCUGCUUUGUCACAAACUGGGGAUUUUCAUACAGCGAGCCAAUGCAAGUCAAAAGAGCACCACAGCACUGCAGAUCUGAACAGUGUAGGUCCUGCAGAAAGAAAGGAUUUUCCUGUCCAUCAGACUCUAGGUCGGUCUCUAAGUGAGGGCUCGUAUGAGAUGAGUAUCUCUGGCUUUUCGCCUCUAAGUCACAAACACUGCCACAACAGGAAACACUCCCUGGACCAAAAUCUGCAGCCCACCCAAAAGCUGCAGACUUUCCAUCAAGUGGGUGUGCAGCCAGACAACCUGAGCUGUGAGUCGAAAAGAGACGAUAAACAAGGGGAGGGAAAGGACGGUACUAUCUCCACCCGGAGUCCGGAGGAUUUAAGGGCUUCAGAGACAUUACUCACUCCAACAGAAAGCAACCUUUUGAAAGUCCAGAAGAUCUUGGAGGAGCUCCUGUCCACAGAGCGGGAGUACGUCAAAGCUCUGGGUUACGUCAGAGAACACUACUUUCCCGAGCUGGAGAGAGCAGACGUCCCUCAGGACCUCCGGGGCCAGAGGGGCAGCAUUUUCGGGAAUUUGGAAAAGCUCCACGACUUUCACCAUCACUAUUUCUCGGAUGAAUUGGAGAGCUGCGUGAAGGAACCGUUCAGAGUCGGGCGCUGCUUUUUGCGCCAUAGAGAGAGUUUUGCUCUUUAUGCCCUUUACAGCAAAAACAAACCUCAGUCUGACGCUCUUCUUUCCAAUCAUGGAAAAAGGUUUUUCAAGCAAAAGCAGCUAAAACUGGGGGAUAAAAUGGACUUAUGGUCCUACUUGCUGAAGCCUGUGCAGCGCAUCAGUAAGUACAGCUUGCUGCUGCAGGACGUGAUGAGGGAGUGUGGACCGGAGCAAACGAAAGAGGUCGCCGAGAUCAAGGCAGCUCUGGAAGUCAUCCACUUCCAGCUUCGUCACGGCAACAAUCUGCUGGCCAUGGACGCAAUCCGCCAAUGUGAUGUCAAUCUGAAAGAACAAGGCCAGUUGAUACGCCAGGAUGAGUUCAUGGUAACUUUCAGGAAGAAGAAAUGUCUCCGUCACAUUUUCCUCUUUCAAGACCUCGUUCUCUUCAGCAAGACCAGAAAGACGGAUGUGGGAAAUGACACAUACGUCUACAAACAGUCCUUCAAGACGUCUGAUAUCGGCAUGACACAGAACAGCGGUGACAGCGGCUUGUGUUUUGAGAUCUGGUUCCGAAAGAGGAAAAGCCAAGACACAUACACACUGCAAGCCGAAAGCCGGGACGUGAAGGAGGCCUGGACCAAAGACCUGGAGCGGAUCUUGUGGGAGCAGGCCAUACACAACAGGGAGGUCCGUAUGCAGGAGAGAGUUUUCCUGGGUAUUGGAAACAAGCCCUUCAUGGACAUCCAGCCCAGCGAAGCGGCUAUCAGUGACAGAGCGAUAAACUAUGUUCUGAUGGGAAGAGAAAACAAAGUGCUGUCCUCGUUGGGGUCGUGCGGCUCACAGGGUGGGCUUCUGGAGGGACGACCAAAAUCUGUUGAUUCAGGCAGCAGUUCUUCUUCCUCCUCUUCCUCUGGACGCGGUUCCAUGCCCCCUAUUGGGUUUGUUGUCGGUCCAAAGCGAAGGGUGGUCUCAGGGGGGCUUGUGGGAUACGUACCGCCACCUGGAUCUCUAGAAGAGGAUGAAAUGGACCGAGAGAGUGGGAAUCAGAACUUACUGUUGGACAGCUCCGAGUCGUCGGGAGAGAGCGUGAGCGGUUUCAGCAGUUGCAAUCACAGCUGCCGCUCCGCUGCGGGAGAGAUGGAGGACAGCUCUUCUGUCUGCGCCUCGAUCAUCACCUUGAAAGAAGUCGGACCGGCUCGUUCCACUGAAGCUCCGUCCGUUCCCCAAAGCCCAAACACUCUUCAAGAAUCUGCAGUGAGCAGCCCGUCACCAGCAGCGCCCACAAUGAAACUCAAGCAGCAGCAUCAGACCGAGGAGCUGCCUGACAGCAAGGCUGGAAAGUCUACAGAGGUUUGAUCUGUGAGAUGCAGUACAGUAUAAAAGGUGAAAAACAAAUAAAGGCUCACUGAAGGUCUUCGGCCCUGAGUAAAGUUGUUUUCGCCUUGGAAGUCGGACCCAGGAAGGACUUUACACCUCAUUACAAAACAGAAAAACCAGUGGGAACUGUUAAUUAUUGUACUCAGUGAUCAGGUUAACCACUAUUACUAUUACAGAUGACAAGUAAGUACUUCUUUGUGUUUUAUGCAUUCAAGCACUAAAGGAAUGCUUUCACAAAUAGAUGUUGGACACUAUUAUAUAUCCAACUGAUUUAACGAGACGCAAAACAUUGGACGCGAUUUAUUUACUACUGCCACUGUUAUGCUUUAUAAAGUGGCAGUACCAAUUAUUUUGCAUUUUGAGCUUGGGUUAGUGAGUAACCUCAAAUAUUUGAGUUGGAAGUUCGACUUCAGAAGAUAUUCCAGUUGACAGCUGAUUGCAUGUGGAGCAUACCAUCGUUUCCAGUUGUUUCUAUAUUCUGUUACAAGUUUGUAAAUAUUUUUUUUUUUUUUUUUUUUAUAUCACCA